CAACAAAUCUUCAUCCUGAAGCAUUAGUCCAACCAACAAAGUCAUUUAGCAUUCCACACUACAACUUCAGCAUGCCUUCCUGUUCUUUACCAGUACCAUCGACGGCCGUGGAACAGGCGCGCGCUAGUCUACGCACCAAGUCAUGGUUCGGCUUCGACCUCGACGACACACUGCACGAGUUCCGUUCUGCCAGUCGCGCGGCAACUACACAUUGUUUAAGUGUAAUCGCCAAUGAAAACCCCAGUGUCUCACUAGGAGCUCUUCAGACUCGUUAUCGAGAGGUUCUCAUGCAAGGAACCUCAAACGCCUUUGUUGACGGGAAAACAUCUCACGAUUACCGCCGAGAGCGUUUCUCUGCGACACUGGAUCAUUUUGGGUUGAGUCACGGAUUGAUCAACGAGCUUCUCGCUUCUUAUGAACGGGUACUUGUAGAAAAUUUGACUCUGAAGCCUGGAGCAGAGUCACUGCUCAGGGCAAUCAAGUCCUCUGGCAGGAAGAUAGCAGUGAUCACAGAAGGACCACAGGAUGCCCAAGAACGAGCGUUGAGAGACUUGGGAAUCGCCGAGCACGUGGACUUCCUCGCGACGACAAACCAUUUCGGCGUUUCCAAGACGACAGGGCUCUUCCAGAAGGUCCUAGAUCAUCUAGCCAUUCAACCCCAGGAGGUUAUCUACGUCGGGGAUUCUAUGGAGCGGGACAUCGUGCCUGCAGCUGCGGAUGGGAUCUAUGCCAUUCAUUUAGAUGAGAAGCAGUCUUCCAAGCUCAUACUGGAGCCCAUCACUGUUAAUUCUCUGCUGGUAUUGGAGGAUUUAUUGUCACCAUUUAGUGAAGCUUGAGAAUACAAGUUAUCAGUCCACGAGUCAAGGUUGUCAAACUGUCACUAUGCUACGUAAUUAAUUUUAUGGUCUGGAAUUAUUGGACCGGGUAUGUGAAUUAUUGCAUGAACAGUUCAGUCAUAUCCAGUGAGCGUCUGCUACUCCAGUGGGAUGGAUACAGACAGUGGCCCAAACCCAAUUGCUUUGAAAAGAAAAUAUGUUGAUAUAAAAAUAAAGAAAU